AUGCGGCGGCAACAGCCGUCGCGAGGCGCACCGCUGGGCGUGGGGAGGGCGCUGUUGGGAGUGGCGUGGGUGGCGGGAUGGGCGGGGCUGUGCGCGUGGGUGGUGUGGUUCGCGCACAAACAGGCCGCGAAUCCGCGGGAGGAGGCAAUGCGCGGGUGGUGCCACUUGCGCGUGCGCUACCUCUACCAGCGCCUGCUCUCAACAGCAGGUUCCGCUGCCCGCCUUGACACCCCUCCUCUCCGCUGCUCUUCCCUGCCCUUCGCUGCCCCUCCCCUGCCCUUCCCUGCCCUUCCCUGCCCUUCGCUGCCCCUCCCCUGCCCUCCCCUGCCCUCCGCGCCCUCCCCUGCCCUCUCCUCGGCCCUCCCCUGCCCUCCGCUGCCCUCCCCUGUCCUUUCCGUCCCCCCCUUGACCUCCCCUGCCCUCCCCUGCCCUCCCCUGCCCUCCCCUGCCCCCCCCUGCCCUCCGCUGACCUUCCCUGCCAUCCCCUGCCAUCCCCUGCCAUCUCCUGCCAUCCCCUGCCAUCCCCUGCCAUCCCCUGCCCUCCCCUGCCCUCCCCUGCCCUCCCCUGCCCUCCCCUGCCCUCCGCGGCCUCCCCUGCCCUCCGCGGCCUCCCCUGCCCUCUGCGACCUCCCCAGCCCUCCGCGCCCUCCCCUUCUCUCCGCGCCCUCCCCUGCCCUCCGCUUCUGCUGCCCACGCGCUGAUGGCGGCCCCGGGCCGGACAACAGAGGGGGCAGAGCAGAGGCCCACUCCCCGGCCAGGACGGCAGAGAGCAGGGAAGGGGGAGAGAUGGCGGCGCUGCUGCGCGUGUUCAACGGGUACGGCCCGCGCAGCAGCACCAACCUGACCUACUGGGGCGUGGCGGGGUGUGCCAACAACGACAGCCUGUUUCGCUACAAUCUCGCGGCCAUGGGCAUGGCGGCGGACCUCACUCAAGGGACACUCGUCAUGCUCGUGGAGGAUAGCGACAGGGGAGGGGGGGGGAGAGGGGGAGCGGGGGGGGGAGCGGACCUCACCCAGGGGACACUCGUCAUGUUCGUGGAGGAUAGCGACAGGGCGACAGUGGAGAACAUCACAGGCACGCCCAUCUUGUCGCUGCUCGGGCUGCCGUCCCCCCGCAAGCCCCACUACAUCGUCAAUCUACUUGGGAGUUUACACCCCGAGGCUGGACCCAUGGUGCCGUUUACCGAUUUCUCCUCCAACGUGCCUCCAUCGUACCUCUCCUCCCUACUCCAAGGCAACGCCGUCUCCUUUCCGCCUAUUCAUUUCAACAGCCUGUUGGGUGUGGGCACUGGUAAGUUGGGUGGGUGGCUGUUAAACGGCAAGUGGGUGUGGGCAUAG